UUGACGCGGUCGAGACACAUGGAUAGUCAGUUAGCUCGCUGUUGAAAAAGAAGAACGACGACGUGUGUGUGGGUGCAACAGCAGAAAGAUACAAGAUACAGAAACCAGAAAAUACAACAAAAUAAAAUAAUACCUCUCGGAACAAAUAUCUCGAAAAUGAUUUUUCGAAUUAUCUGUGAAGUUGAAAUCGAGUUCCGAACCUGUGAGAAAAGUGGCAAAGUGAAAGAACAACAUUUGGAUUAAAGGCAGCAGCUGAAGCGAAACCCUCGUAUUUCGGAUAAUAUCAGACCUCAGUGGAGGAAAAUCGAGAAGAGCCCAAGAAUUUCUUCUCCGGCGCCACAAGAAAAAGGAAAAGCGAGAAACAAAAUGGAAAAGCCAGCGAAUGUAAACGAAACUAAAGUGCAGAUGGAGAAGGAGCCAGUUGAGGCCGCUCCCGCCUCUGCCCAUCAAACGGAGACCAUCAUUGACAUUCCCCCCGUGUGCUCCGCCUCGAACUCCUCGUCCUACGACACGGACUGCAGCACGGCCAGCAGUACCUGCUGCACCCGCCAGGGCGAGCACAUCUACAUGCAGCGCGAUCCCUGCCACGUCCCGGCCACGCCGCUUCCGGAGGCGUGCGGCGAGGAUCUGGACAUGCUGAAGUACGAGCACCGCAAGCACUGGCCCUGGUUCAUCCUGGUGAUCUCCAUCAUUGAGAUUGCAAUCUUCGCCUACGACCGCUACACCAUGCCCGCCCAGAACUUCGGGCUGCCCGUCCCGAUUCCGUCGGACUCGGUGCUGGUCUACCGGCCGGACAGGAGGCUCCAGGUGUGGCGCUUCUUCAGCUACAUGUUCCUGCACGCCAACUGGUUCCACCUGGGCUUCAACAUCGUCAUCCAGCUGUUCUUCGGCAUCCCCCUGGAGGUGAUGCACGGCACGGCCAGGAUUGGCGUCAUCUACAUGGCGGGCGUCUUCGCCGGAUCCCUGGGAACGAGUGUGGUCGACUCGGAGGUGUUCCUGGUGGGGGCUAGCGGUGGUGUGUACGCCCUGCUGGCCGCCCACUUGGCCAACAUCACCCUCAACUAUGCGCACAUGAAGAGCGCCUCCACGCAGCUGGGAUCAGUGGUUAUCUUCGUAUCCUGCGACUUGGGAUAUGCUCUGUACACCCAGUACUUCGAUGGCGGAGCCUUCGUCAAGGGUCCCCAGGUGUCGUACAUCGCCCACCUCACAGGAGCCCUGGCGGGACUCACGAUCGGCUUCCUGGUGCUGAAGAACUUCGGGCACCGGGAGUAUGAGCAGCUCAUCUGGUGGCUGGCGCUGGGCGUCUACUGCGCCUUCACCGUCUUCGCCAUCGUCUUCAACCUGAUCAACACGGUGACGGCCCAGCUGAUGGAGGAGCAGGGCGAGGAGAUCACCCAGCACCUGCUGCACGACCUGGGCGUGUCCUAAGCGCCAGGACCGUGCCCAGGACUCAGGAGAGAUUGAGAGACAUAGCGAGUUCGUGGCGAAGGAUGAAAAGAAAAGUUCACUCUGCGAUUUAGUUAAAAACUAAAUUCGAAUUAAUUGGCUUUUGCUUUUCGGUUAGCAUUACCGUUAUCGUUAUCGUUACCGUUACCGUUACCGUUUGCAGUUACCGUUAACCGUUUCAGUUCCGAAAACACAAACUCAACUCAAAACUAAUAACACUGAAAGAAAUACUAUAAACCGAAGCCGAAACGUGUAAACAAAUGUUGUGAUAGAACCAAAGACUGAAUUUAUUUCGCGUGUAAAAACCAAUUAAAAGAUUGAGGAAACAGAUUCGGAGCGGAGCAGUGGGAUCCUCGGUGGAAUCACCUCUCACUAUGAUUUAAAUUAGGCAAUUCGUUUCGCCUGUUUUCUUAAAAAACAUUUAUUUAUUGGCCGCAAUUAACUCUGAAUGUAUCGAAGCUGUAUCGGGUGUUUAUACAUCCAUAACUCGAACUAUGUACGUAGUCCUAGCGAUAGUAUCUGUAUCUGUAGGUAUAACUAGCUCCCUAACAAAUUGUUUCAAAUUGUAAAUACUAUUAAGUCGCACACUAGUCAGCAAAACAAAGGAAAAGGCAAAAAUCCGAUGGAAAACCACAGCAAAGAACCAUUCAGUUCAGAUCAAUUAAGCAAAUCGAAUUAAAUUAAAUUAAAGUCACUUAAUGCGUUACAAAAUCGAGCAAACAUUUAUCGUAAUCCCCUCUUUAUCGGAAAACCAACCACACCACACCACACAAAAGUAUUACUAAUUAUAUUUAUUUAUUGUAGGGCAAGCGAGGGUUUAUUAAUUUGUCAGUCGAGCCAACUAUUUAUUUAUUUAUUUAAUAAUUUAGUGAAAUUCACACAAAACCAAGCACGAAAAAACAGGAGGUCAGGAGGAGAAAAACAAACUAAUUCAACUGUAAAGAAUAUCCAAUUGAAAAUACACACGA